AUGGGUUUGUGCGGACGUCAGACGGUUGUCCGUCGGAAGAUGGUGCUGCUAGGUGACGGUGCUUGUGGCAAGACUUCGGCCUUGAAUGUGUUCACAAGAGGGUUUUUCCCAACAGUAUAUGAGCCGACUGUCUUUGAAAACUAUGUCCACGAUAUCUUUGUCGACAAUGUACACAUGGAAUUGUCGCUCUGGGAUACCGCUGGCCAGGAGGAAUUUGACCGAUUGCGUGCGCUAUCGUACGAGGACACACAUGUGAUUAUGCUUUGUUUCAGCGUUGACAGCCCGGAUUCUUUCGAGAACGUCGCAACCAAAUGGGUCGAGGAGAUUACGGAUAACUGCCCCGGUGUUAAGAUGGUUCUCACAGCGCUCAAGUGUGACUUGAGAAAAGAUGAAUUUGAGAACCCUAACCCGAACGCUAUCACGUACGAGCAAGGUCUAGCGAAGGCGAAGGCAAUCGGUGCUGUGAAGUACUUGGAAUGCUCUGCCGUUCAGAAUCGCGGCAUCAUGGAGACGUUUUACGAAGCAGCCAAGGUUGCCCUUGAAGUGAAAGUCUCGGGAUCGAACGCUUCCAAGGAAGGAUGUGUCAUCCUGUAA